UUUAACUAAUUUCUAGAAAAACGACUUUAAAGUUUGCAACUCUAUAAGUUUUGAGAUUUUCAUCAAAUGUUCUUGAAUUUUGCAGUAAAUCUUAAUAACUAUUCAUCAAAGCAUCGCUCUGUAUUGAUUGCAAAAAAACGUAAAAUAAAUCUUGAAACCGAGAAAUUGCUUAUACUUUGAUUGUACUUAGUCCACUCUGACUGACCGGUUUUGGGAAAAUCUACAAUCAACUACAGUUGAUACUCAAGUCUUUACAUAUUUCAUGAUAAAAUAAUGCACAAGUAGGACAACAGUUAAUAGGAGUGGUGUAUAAUGUGAGCAGGAAGUUUGAAAUUUGAUAUUUCUGUUAUUACACUGUUGAUUACCAUUUUCAAUUUUUAUGUUCAGUCAGAGUGGACCAAGUACAAUAAUUCAAUAUCACAUGAACGGUAGUCAAUUAAUGAGCUAUUUAAGAAUUCUUAACUUGAACAUUUAAUAGCUAAAAACUUUUGAGCGUAUUUUAAUAGUUCGGUACGUUUUUGAAAUAUUGUAGUGACACAGUUCAUAAAAAUUUAUUCAGAGGACUGGCGUUUUUCAAAAAAUCGUUCAGACAAAGUGAACCAAGUACACAAUUCUUAAAUAACCGGUAAAAUCAAUUUCAUUAUGGAACGGAUAUUGGUACAUUUCAAUAUGACACCCAACAGCUACUAAACGAACAUAUUUUGAUUUGGAAAGGUUUACGAAAACUAAGGUACCGUCCCUACACAGUUAUGGAUCACACACAGUUACGGAUCACUUUGAUGUUUAAAGUCGAAUAUCUUGCUCAAAACAUAUAUUUCGGCAUUAAAUUCAUUUUUGUAGCAUGAUCCUAUUUGUUUUCGGAGAUAAAAAGUCAUUUACAAGAGUUCAAUCUAAAAAUAAAAUGUAUUUUAAUGCAACGAUAGUGUUGUCCUCUCACAUCUGCCAGUAAACAGCCGAAUUCCAUAAGAAGCUACUCCUGCAGCGGUAAGCUCUAAAAGUGUCGAAAUCAAUCAAUUUUGAUAUAAAAAUCGCUCGUACACGUUGGAUAAGAUAUGUAUGUAUCUAAUAAAAGAAGUUUUGUUUCAUUCUGGGAUUCAAAUACUAAAAUAAUGUGACUUUCAACAGUGAUCCAUAAUGUGACCCAAAAACUGAUCGUUUGACGCUAUUAUGGAUCACUUAUAUAGAUUGUUGUUCCACUCCACGCUCUUGAUACAAUAUUCUUAUCUUAAAGUAUCAAAAGUAUCAUUGAAAAACAUGUAACCUUGAAAACCAGGUGUCUUGAAACACAGAGUUGUAAUAAUAACACUUAAAAUGGAGAGCAUCACUGAACCCUAGUGGCGCACCUCUAUCGAAGUAAAUGGAUUCGGGACUUUUUAUUGUUUUCUCUUUAUUUCUGUUGUAAAAUCGGGUACUCCAUCAGUAAAAUAAUGAAUACACUGCGUAGUUUAGCCUUACAAACGUACAUUUAUUAUUAGAGUUGGAAUUUUGAGUAAUUUUGCACUGAUCCAUAAUAUGGCAAAAAUUGAUCCAUAAUAUGUGGGACUCUGUGAAGCUGAUCCAUAAUAGGGCAUUUUGUAUACAGUAAAAUUUUCCUUUUUUACGUGGAAAUGACUUGCGAUUAUACUUCAAAUGGAUCGGUAAUGAAAAAUUCGAAUCAAAACAAAGCCAACGGUGCUUUCAAAGUCGUAGUUUUUGUUUUCUUUUAUUUUUAAUUGAAUUUUGAAGGUCAAAAAUACCACUAAGUGAUCCAUGACUGUGUACCCACGGUAAUUUCAACUAUUUUUCUUAGAGACACAUGGUCCACUCUGUCUGCACGCAAAAUGCCACAAUACGCUUCAGCACGAUGAUCUGUAAAAUGGGAUAUUGACCAUAAUAAAAUGGAUUUUCACGUGCUUUCUUGAUCAAUAAUCAUCAGAAAAUGCGUUAGGAAGUCAUUAGAUUUGGAAACGUAUUAUAUUUGGAUGAUAAACUAUUUCGAUUAUUGGAUUUUAACCAACACAUAUGUUGUCAAAUCUCUUAACAUCAAGCAUUUGGUCCACUCUGACUGCACACUAUUACCAAUUUUCGCAGUUCAAUCAAAAGAAAAUUGUGUUAUAACUCUCGUUAAUUGGUCCUCUCUGACUUAACGCCGACCACUUAGACAAAAUAUGUUAUGUGUAACAUAAAGUUAAUGUGUAGCAAAUAGAAAAGGGUUUUCAUGGGGGCCCGUAAAAUAUGGAGGUCCGCGGCCAUGGUACAACCACACUCCCCCCUUCCUACACGCGGCCCUGCGUGCGGUGCAGAAUUUAUUAAUAGAACAUCUAAGUUGAAUGUUAUACAAUAAUUGUUGUUGAUUAACAUCUGAUUAGCGAUUGAAAACACAGAAUAUCACAAAUAUGAUCCAUACGAGAUUUCUCCACGAGGUACAAUUAUUUUCAAAGGACUAUUUCUUGCAAUCAUCAUUCGACUGCAACCGUUAAACAGUCCUAAUUGCAUAAGAGAAUUAACAUUUUUACAAAUCUUGCUUUUAAAUAGAACUAACUGAUUUAUAACUGAUUUGUAGAAUGACUACGAUAAUUUUAGUCUUCAUUUUUUUCACAUUAUCAUGUAUGUUUGUGCUGAAACAAUAUUUAACAUGUAUUUUCUGGAUUUGAGAGAAAACUUAUUGCGGUAAGUAUUGUUUGCUUCUCUGUUGGAGCAUAGUUUCAAACUGAACAUCCUCUCAAUGGUUAUGAUUGCAUGAUGUACGUUAGAACAAUAUAUCAAUGAAUUGUUUUCUGGUUUUAUCCAGAAUAUUUCCGCUAGCAUCAAAUUUAUGAAUUAACACAGACAAACAAAGCAAAUUGACCAACAGUUGUGCAAGACGAAGACCUUCAAAAGAAAAGCAAUGAAUCAGCUUCUUACGGCAUAUGCAAACUCCACCGGCUGCAAAUUCAAGAAGGUCUGCCGAAAGCAUACGCGUAUUUCCCAUCAAACAAGUUCCGUCCCAUACGAAGCGCCUCUAUAUAAGCACAUAUAAUUUCAUUACAGUAGUUAUUGCGUACAUUAGUUUACAACGAUAGGGAGCAAAGUUCCUCACCAUGAAGCUUCAAAUUAUUCUAUUCUGUGCAUUUGUGGGCGCCACACUUGCCUUCGAGAAAGAAGAAAAGAAAUUGAAAAGCGUCCCCCUCCACAUUCCGAUGCCGUCGCUUGAACACAUACCGGUGCCUUUCGUGAAACUUAACUUGGUCAAGGGUGGAGAGGUGAUCAAGCACGUCCCUCAGGAAGUGAUCGAAGAAGUUCCGGUGGAACAUCACGUCAACGUUAACAAACCAGUGGAAGUGAUCAAGCCCGUUCCGGUGACGAAGGAAGUGAUCGUCGAGCGGCCGGUUGAAGUGAUCAAAGAGAUCCCGAUCGAGAAAGUGAUCAUCGACAAGGUUGAAGUGCCAUACGAGGUGGUCAAACACGUGGAGAAGGUGAAACACAUCCCGAUCGAGAAGCACGUGGAGGUGAUCAAGCAGGUGGAAGUGAUUAAGCCCGUUCCGUACAAGAAGUACGUGUUCAACAAGGUGCCGUCGACGAUCAACUACCAAAUUCCGGAGUACGUUAAAGUUCCGUACUCGAUCUCAACGCAACCGGAGGGAAGCAUCGCCGCGAUUUAUGAGGAAAGUGAAGGCAAGAAGGACAAGAAAGGAUGGGGCCUUCCCAGUCCGAUUGGUUUUGUGAGAGGUUUGAUUAGCAGUAAGUGAAAAAUAAUCGAGUGAACUAGAAUGAUUAUUAAUAAAAAUUAUUUAUUUGUAUAAUUCUGAGCGUCGUGUUUUUUUGUGAGGUACAAAAAGGUUUAUAACCUGUAUCGGUGUGAGUCAGAGCAAGUGAACCAAAAAUAUAGCCGUUCAGCAAAUACUUGACGGAUUUAAAAUGUUUUCCAGUAUGUUCGUAUACAUGUCUAGUUUGUAAAAGUGCAUUGAAAACGUCGGCAUGUUCCCUAUGGUCGGAGUUAUUUCGAUGGGUCACUGGGUCAGAUUAUUAUAUGGCUCACAAUAAAACACGCUUAUUUUCAUUAAAACAUACACAUUUACCAUCGAACAUUGUGUGGCCACUGGCACCGGACAUAAUAUCCGGAGGAACCUGCUACAUACUAUUGGAGCUCAAAUCCAUAAUUCAUUUUUUUGCAAUUUCAGACACAUAACAUUUUUAUUGGAAUUUUCGUGUGUUCUACAAAGUUGUUCAUUGUGAUGAAAUGCACCUCCUUCUGCUUUUUCUUCGUACUCAAACAACGCUCCAAGUGGAACAAAGCCUGCGUCCCAAUUUGAUCCUUGGAGAAAUCCCUGGAUGAAUCACGGGAAGAUUUUAAGGGGAAAUCCUGGAGUAAUUUUAGGACUAAUCCUGAAAUUCAAAACAAAAAUCCAACGAAAACUCCUGCUGUAAUUUACCCAAUAAUUCCUACCAAAACCUUACUUGAUUUUUUUUAGAAAUUUUUACUGGGUUUAUUUCAGGAAUGCCAGCAUUCCCAGCACUGGGAUUCAUUCAGUGGUGAUAUCCACCACUCCAGAAAUACUUGAAGGUCUCCUAAAAACGAUUACAGAAGAAAUCCCAGCUGAAAUUGUUUGAGAUAUGCUAGAAAGAAUUCCUGAAGAAAUCUUAGUAAGAGAAGAACCCUUAGAGAAAUCACAAGAGCGAUUUCUAUAGGAAUCCUUGGAGGAAUAACAGGAAGAAUUUCUAUGGUACAUCUUGGAGAAACCUCUGGAACAAUUUCAGCAAGAAUUUCAUGAGAAAUCCCAUCGGGCAUUUGUGGAGCAAUUCCAAGAGGAUUUCUCCAAAGAUUUUCCCUAGGAACGCCCACUGGGAUUUCUUCUGUGAUUUCCACAGAAAUGUUUCAAAAUAUACCUCCACAAAUUUAUCUUGGAUGUUCCCCAAGUAUGCCUGCUAGGCUGCCUCCAUGUGGUUCUUCCAGAGAUUUUUCCAACGAUUCCUCAAGGAUUUUUUUCUUAAUUGGAUUAAUCCAGCAAUCCCUUCUGACACUUCUCUCCUGAAAUUAACCCAGAGAUUUUACUCCAGGAAUUUUCUUUCACUUUGAGAAUUUCUGUUGAAAUUGCUCCUGGAAUGCUGCUGGGAUUUCUCCGGAAAUUUGUGGUGGAAAUCCUCCAAGAAGUCAUGCUGUGAUUCCUCAAGUAAUUUCUGAUGGAAAUGUUCCAGGAAUUUUUGGCGGACUCCUAAGAGCAAUAACUGCAGUAACACCAUCUAGAAAUGCUUGAGAAAUUCCAACAAGAAUGGUUGUAGAAAUCCUGGUAAGAGUUCCUGAAGGAAUGCUUCUUGGAGGUAUUCCUAGAGGAAUCCUUGCAGGAAGCCCUUAAGGACUCAUCGGAGCAAUUUCUGGAGGAAUCCUUGGGGAAAAUCCAUGAAGGAAUACCAGGAAAAAAUCCAGCUAAAUAUUACUCUUGAAAUGCCUCUAGAUAUGCCUAAUGGGGUUCCUUCGAAAAUUCAUCUCACGAUUCCUCCAGGAUUUCUUCCCAGGAUUCCCCCAGGGUUUCCUCCUGGGAAUCCUCUUGAAGUUCUUCCAGAAAUUCGUACUAGUUUCUCUGAAGGAAUGCCAACUGUCAGGAGGAAUCCGUGGAAAAAUCCUUUGAGGAGUCUCUAGAAGGAAGUCUGGAGGUAUCCCAGCAGGCAUUCCUGAGGAAUCGUUGAAAGUAUUUCUUCUGCAACCCCAGCAGGAAUUUCUAGAGAAUCCCAUCAGGCAUUCCUGGAGGCAUUACUAGAAAAAUCUUUGGAAAAAACCCCCUAGGAUUGCUGAACAAAUGCCUGAUGAGAUUCCUUUAAAAAAUCUAGUUGGAAUUGCUUCAGAGGUUUCUCUUGGGAUUUGUAGCAUUGGGCAAAUUUGGCUGAGACAUCGAUUUUUGUGAAUCGAUUCGAAUCGGAUCAACAGAAUCGAUCCACCGAUUUAAUCGAAUGCUUUGAAUCGAUGUUUUCACAUCGAUUCGAUAUUAUAACAUAUUACAAAACUAUAAAAUGAUAAAUUUGCUGCAUGCAGUUCAAGUUCAUGGUAUGUUUUAUUUGUCUAAAUAAAUUUAAUAUCAAAAUUUGAGAUUGCACGAACAUUUCGCGACUCUGAUUCAAAAAUGGAUUUAACGUUGGGACAGCGCAUUCUAAAAAAAAUGUAAUUUAAUAUUUUUGAAUCAAAAGAAAAUCUUGAGGUCCUGAUAUUCCCCAGAACUCUGAGAAGUAUUCCCAUAUAGUACUGAGAUAAAUUCCCGCAGAAUCUUUAAAGAGAUUCCUCCAGAGUUCUGAAAGGAGUUCCUCUAAAAUUAUGAGAGAGAUUUCUUCAGAAUGCUAAAAAUGAUAACACCAGAAUCCUGAGCGACAUUAUCUAGAAAAGAAAGCACACAGCUAAUCGCGUUCGGUAAUUUUUGUCGAAAGUUUUCUCCCAGAACUCCCUUAAAAUCAUGGGUAGAAUCCUUUAUAGAAAGCUGAGAAUAAUUCUGCCAGAAUCCCGAAAGGUUCCACGAGUGAUUUUCUCAGAAUCCUGAGAGUUAUUCCAGAUUUUUGAAAGAAAUAUAUCUAGAAUCUUAAGGAUUGUUUUUCGAAAAUCCAAUAAGAAUUCUUCCUGGAAGGGAUUCCGAAAACUUCUGGAACUCCGAGAAAAUAUUCUACUCAGUGGCUGAGUUGGUCUUACUCAGAAAUCGAAAAAUCCUUUGUUAUCUUUCUCAGUUUCGGUCAAAAGUGGGACAACCCAUUGGCAAUCCUGAAAGGGAUUUCUGGGAGCAACUGCCACAGAAUACAGAAAACAGAAUUCUACUGGGAUUCUCGUAGAAUGCUGAGAAGAAUUUCUUCCGAACCCUAAGAGGAAUCACAAAAUCUAUGCGAGGGAUUCUCGAAAAUCCAAAUUUCUUUAGAGAAUUCUGCCCAGAAUCUCGUGAGAAAUUAUUCAAUAAUUACUCAUUCUGAAUGAAAGUGCCCUAGAAUCUUAAAAAUUAUAGCCCCAGAAAGACGAAUUUUCAGAGAAACUUGGGAAGAGUAUCCGCCGGAUAUUUAGUGAUAUCCCUCCAGAAUCUAAAAAGGAUCUAACGCAGAAUCCUAAGCAGGAUACCACUAGAAUAUUGUGUUGAUAUUCCUCAGAAUCCUAAGAAAUACUUCCCCAGAAUUCUGAGAGGAAUUUCGCCACAAUGCAGAAUGCUUAGUAUGAUUCCCCAAGAAGUCUGAGAGGGGAUCCUGAAAAUGCGGAGAAAGAUUUCUUCAGAAUUCUGAGUGGGAUCCUAAGUGAGGGUCUUCCAGAACCCAUACCCAAGCAACACACAUGUUAUAUAAUAGUUA